AUGUUCAUGAUAAUCGUCAGCACUCAGUUUAAAAUACGACAGUGUUCUCAAUGUCAGGGUGACACAGAAUUCUACUGUGACAAGUGUAAGCAUGACCUGUGUCUACAGUGUAAAGAGAGACAUGUUACAAAUUUUCCAACCAAAUAUCAUAAAGUGGUUUUCUAUAAGGCCCACCGUAGUGAAAAGAGCUUAAUAAAACAAUGUAAAAUGCGUCAGUGUUUUCAAUGUCAGGGGGACACAGAAUUCUACUGUAACACGUGUAAACAUGACCUGUGUCUACAGUGUAAAGAUAGACAUGUUAUAGAUCUAAGUACGAAACACCAUGAUAUUGUGAUUUACCUUGAAAAAUAUGAAAAUAUCCUAAAACAAGAGAAGUGUGUAAGACAUCCAGACAGAAUCUAUGAAACGUAUUGUCAAUCAUGUGAACUUUCACUCUGUUCCCAAUGUAAAGAACACAGAAAACACCAAAUACAGGACAUUAGAACAGCCUAUAAAACAAACCGUCAACAACACAGAGACUAUUUCCACAAUAUAAGAAGUGAAACUCUUUAUAACAGUUGCUUUUUCCUGGCAGGAAUCAAAACUGAUAUGAAAGCUUGUAGAUCAGAAAUCUCUAACCGUCGUUCGGAGAUAUUAUCAAAAGCCCAGAGACUAAAGGAUCUCAUUGACACCGUGGUGGUUGAUAUUAUAGUCGGAUUAAGAAAGUAUAUGUUGCAUAGAUUGCAAAACCAGAAGAGGAAAAUGAAGAGACAUCUGGUCAACAUAGAGAACUAUGAACAUAGAUCUAAGUGGUCAGGAAUCAGACAGAUAAAAAUCCUCUUAUUCGUAAAGAAAACCCUUGAUCCUAAGAUAAAAGACAACCUUAAUCUAACACAACACGUCUUCCUCUCUCUGAGUAAGGAAAUCAACACGGAGGAUGUGAUGAAGUUAGGUGAGAUUCAAAUAAUACAGAAAGGUAUAAGACAGAUAGCAGUAGUCUUUGGGGAAUACACACAGUGA